CCGCUGCCUCUGCCUGAAGCGGGGUGAUUGUCGCUGUUGCCGGGGAAGUGGCGGCGAUGGCGGCGGCGGAGCAGCUCUACCCGCGGAGCUCCAUCGAAGAUGACUUCAACUAUGGCAGCAACGUGGCCUCGGCCAGCGUCCACAUCCGCAUGGCUUUUCUACGGAAAGUCUACAGCAUACUUUCCAUUCAAGUUCUUUUGACCACCGUCACAUCUGCAAUUUUUCUGUACUGUACUGGAGUGCAGGCAUUUGUUCAUGAAAGGCCUGCCUUGCUUUUGGUAUCUGGGUUUGGAUCUUUGGCUAUAAUCGUGGCACUGACACUCUACAGACACCAGCAUCCUAUUAAUUUAUACCUACUUUUUGGAUUUACCCUACUGGAAGCACUGACAGUUGCCAUUACAGUGAGUUUCUAUGAGGUGUCUGUUGUCUUGCAAGCCUUUGUUCUUACUACUGCUGUAUUUCUUGGACUGACUGCAUAUACCUUGCAGUCAAAGAAAGACUUCAGCAAAUUUGGAGCGGGCCUCUUCGCUUGUUUGUGGAUUUUGAUCUUCUCGGGUUUCUUGAGGCUGUUUUUCUAUAGUGAGACAAUAGAGUUGGUGUUUGCUGCUGCUGGAGCUCUUCUGUUCUGUGGAUUUAUUAUUUAUGACACUCAUUUGCUGAUGCACAAGUUAUCCCCUGAAGAGUAUAUACUGGCUGCAAUCAAUCUCUACUUGGAUAUCAUCAAUCUGUUCUUACACCUGCUGCGUUUACUGGAGGCAUUUAAUAAAAAAUAAUCAAAAGGAGUGAGGUUUGACUAUAGUGCAUAUAACGUUAAGCAUCUGGAUGAUCUGCAGACUUAGUUCUGUCUUCUAGAAACUGAAUCUUUAUUACUUUUUCAUUCCAUGAAUAUUGAUCCCUCCUUAGGAAAAAAAAAAAAGGCUUUUUUAUGUAGCUAAGGUUCUUCUCUGGAAUAUAUAUUUUAUGUAGUUUACAUGCUGUUGUCAUUUCAGUCACUUUUUUGAUCACUGAAUUUGCCCUUGACAUUAAUUCACCAUUAAAACGUUUGCCAACUUCUGAUUGCUCCAGCAUGAGCCUCUCUCCACUAUUCUGUAGCUGCUGGGAACGUUUCCUUUGGGAUUACACGUGUGUGUGUGCUGCAUUAAGGGUAGCCUGGGUUUAUCAUUGUGCAAUGUUUUACUAAGUUAAAUUUAUUCUAGUUUUUGUUUGGUAAAAUGGAACGCUGUCUCUAACAGAGAUGCUCUUGUUCUUGUUAGUGGCUGUCAGAUCAUUAUGUAAGUUGGGAAGGUGUUAAAACAAUCAAAGGGAAUGUGCUUCAUUGAAGUAUUUACUGCCGGUUUCAGUGUUACGAGAAAUCAUUUGGAGAUGGACUCUGGCAUUUUAUCAACUUGUGUGUGUUAAGGUUAACUGUCUGUCAAUAAAACUUGGAAAACCUCUA